AUGUUAUACUUCAGAUUGCUAUGCUUAGUAAUCCUAUUAACUGCCGGUGCCAUACCACCACCACCAGAGCAACCUUCAGAUCCUGUUCUUCAGAAGAGUCAACCCACAGAACCAUUCACUAACUAUGAUGUUCUAGAUUCUAACGGUGUCUUCGAGUUAUUCUGGAAGUAUAACAAUACCCACAUCACAUUUGAAUCUCACGUCAAGACUCUAGGUUAUGUUGGUUUUGGACUUUCACCUCAUGGUCAGAUGUUCCCAGCUGAUGUCGUUAUUGGUUGGGUGAAGGAUGGAGCUGUCCACUUUAAGGAUCGUCAUUCGAUCGGUCAUUAUGAACCAAUAAUCGACAAGUCACAAGAUUGGAUUUUACUCUCUGGUAAAGAAGAGAACGGCAAGACUGUUUUGAAAUUUGUGAGAAAAUUGAGAAGCUGUGAUAAGGACGAUCGCAAUAUUGAGGAAGGUACCACUAAAGUCAUAUUUUCGUGGCAUCCUGAAGAUCCUCAGCAUGAAACAGGUCUACCUUUCCAUGGUGAUAGUAAUAAAGGUUCCAAGAGUCUGUUAUUAUUGAGUCCUGCUCAAAACCAACAUUUACCAAAGGAUGCUAUACAUUUUGAUUUCGUCAACAAAAAGACUCAUCUGCCAGUGCAGGACACCUACUAUCACUGUACAUCAUACAGAGUACCCAAACUAGACAAGAAACACCAUAUGGUUAUGUUUGAACCAAUAAUAGAAAAGGUCAACUUAGAGUAUGUUCACCAUAUUAUAGUCUACAAGUGUCCAGCUCAUGUCAACUAUACCGACUCAAUGAUCGGCCAACAGUAUGAAUGUUAUGAACAUGAAGAUCGUCAUCCAAUGGAACUCAGGAACUGUAUGACUACUUCCUUCUUAGCCUGGGCCGUCGGUGGAGGGCCAAUGUAUAUACCAGAGAAAGUUGGAUUCCCAUUAGGUGAUGACGAUGAUAGUGGUGUAUUUGUUCUGGAGACUCAUUACAACAAUCCAACUUUAAAAUCCGAUGUGAUAGAUAGCUCUGGAUUAAGGAUGCACUAUACACCAACAUUGAGACAUUACGACGGUGAUAUGCUGUACACAGGACUGCUGGUUGAUGGUUUACAAAUCAUACCACCAGGUUACAAAAAGUUCUCUUCUACUGGAUUCUGUAGUUCAGACUGUACCAAUAGGAAACUCAGUCCUGAUGGAAUCAACGUCUUCGGAGUCUUCCCCCACUCGCAUCUGUUGGGACAUGCUGUUAGAACUAGGAUCAUUCGUCAAGGUGAAGAAACAGUCAUAUCUGAUGAUGAUAAUUAUGAUUUCGACUACCAAGAAACCAGACUUAUCAACAAGGAAAUCAAAAUCAUGCCCGGAGAUACCAUUAAGACACAAUGUAUUUAUAAAUCAGAUGAUAUAGACCGUAUGACUUUUGGAGGUUUGUCAACGCGAGAAGAAAUGUGUAUCGGAUUUUUGAUGUAUUAUCCUAAAGUAGAAAUGGGAAUUUGUGCCAGUUUACCACAAUACAACCAAUACAUUGAUAUACACACACAUCAUAAAGACAUGCAGCUCUACGAGUUAUUGAAAGGCCGGGACUGGAAAAACGAAACAAUAAGAAACGACUUCCAGAAAAUCACCGACGAAUCACAGCACUACAUGGUGUGUGGAAGUCAUGCGGGAUACCAGAAGGUUUGUACAGUGAGUUCUGAAAGCUAUGCUUGA